GACAAUGGCAGUACAGAGUAAACAACACUACAGAGACUUGUCCUUAAAACACCAUUGAAGACACACUCAUUUGGGCUUUUACCGUUACUGAAUCUCUGCUAAAGAUUUGGGUUGUUGGGAAUUUGUAUCUUUCUCUCUUUCACUUUGCCUUCUCUUUAAUUACUUUGAUCUUAUAUGGGUCUGAGUGUUCAUUAUUCCUGGUGUCUCUCAUCUUUCUCUUCAUCUCUCUGAGUGAAAGAAAGAAAAGGAUCAGAUUUGAAGAGAUGGGAGUGGUGGUGGUGUUUGCAGGGUUGAGCCACCUCUUUGUGACUGUGUUUCUGCACUACUCGGCCACAUUCAUGGUGACACCAGCCAUCACUGACGUUACAAUGUCUGCUCUCUGCCCUUCUAUGGAUGAAUGCUCCAUUGCUAUCUACCUCUCUGGAUUCCAACAGGCGAUCAUAGGGUUAGGAACUCUUGUGAUGAUGCCUAUCAUUGGGAACUUAUCAGAUGAAUAUGGGAGAAAAACAUUGCUAGCACUCCCAAUGAUUCUCACCAUUAUUCCCUUAGCGAUUUUGGCUUAUAGAAGGACGAAGCAGUUCUUCUAUGCAUACUAUGUGCUCAGGAUUCUCACUUCUAUGCUUUGCGAAGGCAGCAUCCAAUGCCUCUCCCUUGCCUAUGUGGCGGACAACAUUCCGGAGGGUCGACGAGCGUCAGCUUUCGGGAUUCUAUCGGGAAUUGUCUCUAUAGCUUUCAUCUGCGGAACUCUCACUGCUCGCUUCCUCUCCACUGCUUUGACGUUUCAGGUUUCAGCGGCAGUAGCGGUGGUUGCAGCCUUGUACAUGAAAGUUUUCCUCAGAGAUUCAAUCGGCGGCAUUGAUGCGGCUUCGCUGCGGAAAAUCUCCAAGAAAACAAACAAUGUUGUUGUUCACCUUGAUGACGACUCCUCCAGGAAGAUACAAUUGUUUAGUAGAAUCCCGUCGGUGAAAGAGAUUCUUUACUUGUUAAGGAUUAGCCCAACGUUUUCACAAGCAGCAGUUGUUGCAUUCUUCAACAAUCUUGCUGAGGGCGGGCUUCAGUCUUGUUUAUUGUACUUUUUGAAGUCUCGUUUCCACUUUAGCAAAGAUCAAUUUGCGGAUUUAUUGCUGAUAUCAGGGUUCGCAGGGGCCAUAUCGCAGCUGCUUCUUAUGCCCAUACUAGCACCAUUGUUGGGAGAGGAAAAGUUGCUUAUGAUAGGGCUUUUUGCUAGUUGCACACAUAUGUUUCUUUAUGCCAUAGCAUGGUCUUCUUGGGUUCCAUAUGUCGCCUCUAUGUUCUCUAUUUUGUUUGUUUUUGCACCUCCAUCUUUAAGGAGCAUUGCUUCAAAACAAGUCGGUCCCACUGAGCAGGGGAAAGCUCAAGGAUGUCUUUCAGGCAUAUGUUCAUUUGCCAACAUUAUUUCUCCAUUAGCUUUGACUCCUCUGACAGCUUUGUUCCUAUCUAAAAAUGCACCAUUUCACUUCCCAGGCUUUAGCAUUAUGUCCAUUGGAAUUUCACUGUUGAUAGCCUUCAUACAGAGUACAAUGAUUAGAGUGGCUCCUCCAAUUUCAAGCCACAAAAUUAGUAGCAACAGCAACCAUAUGGAGGCCUAGCGUUAAUUCAACAAGAAAUAGUUUCAAACAUAGAACAACACCUCUAGUUGAGGCUGCCAUCUUGCUCUUGGGGACACCCUUAACUCAUUCCAAUGGUCAAAGCCAUACUAUAUGUAGAAGAGAGCUGAGUUUGAAAACGCAUUACCUUUUUGGUUCGAACAAUCUCAAAAACUGAUCAAUGCCUUUGUUUGCAUUCCCACACCCAAUUGUAUUUAUUAGAGAAUCUUUCUACUGUUCAUGAUGCUUGGCUGCAGCUGGUGGUUGGCGUCUUCUCCAUCCUGUGGAAAUUAGAUCAAUUUGUUCAGGUUUUACUUUCAGAAGGGGAAAAGAAAGAAGCCUUCCUUGACUGGGAGCUGUUAGUCAUGUAAAUCUUUUAUGUUGCAUCCUCUUAUGUUGUGUUUAUAAAUGCCUCUGUUUAGUUCUUC